AUGUCGCUACACUGGUUAUAUUUACCAGUCUCUAUUCGACUCAUAUCUAAAGAUGAGACUCAUGCUGUAUCUGGUAUACAUCUUAUAUUGAGACUCAAUAAUAGUGUUAAAUGUGAUUUUGUACUUACUAUUAAUUAUAUACCGAAUGUCGAAUCUUAUAAGAUAUUAAUAAGUGAUGGACCUGAUAUUGAUAAUGACCAUUCUAAUACUAAGGAUAUAGUAUCAUGGUAUCCUGGUAAAGUGGAUGAACAUAUUGGACUUUGUCAUUCCCAGAAUCAACUUCGGAAAUAUCUUAGUUACUUCAAAAGAAAUGGAUUUAAUUUGAUACCGUAUGAUAUUGCUAAUGGGAAUCGAACUAGAAAUUUUGAAAAUUUGGAACUUGUGAAGAUUAAUAUUUUAGAUGGGGAUUUUAAGUUAAAGUUAAUUAAUCAACUGUCUCUUUAUAAAUCUAUUUCAUUUGAUAAUAAAGUGUAUAAGGGUUUACCAAUUACAAUUACUUCAAGUCCAUUUAAUUUUACUAAUUCAAUGAUAUUCGCUAACUUUUUAUCUAAUGGAUCAAUUAAUUAUAUAUUUAAAGAUCAAAUAGGUUAUCUAUCCGAUAUUAAAUAUUUAGAGAAUAUGUUAGGUGGAGUAGUUCAUAAUUCAGAAAAUAAUAUGUCAAUUGGACUUGUAAUGGGGAGUAUUAAGAAAUUAAAUGGAGAUGGAGAUUUAACAUUUAUAUUAUCUUGGGAUAUUAUAUGGAAUAGUUUAAUAACUUAUGAUAAACGGAUAUGUCAUUAUUCUCCAGUAUUAUUAAAGCUUAAUAGAUUAUCAUCUAUUGCAUCUAUAGAAUCUACUUCAACAAUUAUAAAUCCUUCAGUAUUUCCUAUAACUAUUAGAAAUACAAGAUCUUCAUCUUGGGGGUCUUGUAUAUAUUAUAAUGAUACUACAAUUAUAACCAAUUUCCAUGUAUUACAACCAUUCAUUGGUAAAGAAAAUAUUCGAUGUGAAAUAUAUCUUUCUAGUUCAUUAAUAUUAACUAUUACUAAUGAUGAUGAGAUUAUAACUCCAUUUGAUGGUAUUGAUUUAUCAUUUAUAAAGUUAUGUCCCAGUAAUAUAUUCAUUCUUCAUUCCAAAAGUUCAUUAAAACCAGUAACUAAAUCAGAAUCUUAUUCAAUAGGUCAAAGGGUUUGUAGUAGAGGAUUUGGAUUAUUUAAUAAUUUAACUCAUAUAAGUCCAUUACAAUCGGAAGGAAUAAUUAAUUCCAAAAUUUUAUUACCUCUCACUAAGAAAUCUCCUAAAACUUCAUGUAUGAUAAUUACUUCUUCAUCAUGUUGGAAUGGAUCUUCAGGUGGUGGACUAUUCUUAAAGAAAUCUAAUGAUUUUAUUGGAUUAAUAUGUUCCAAUGCUCAAAUUAAAAUCCCUAACUUAUUAGAUGAGAAUUAUGAUCCUAAAGCCAGAAUUAAAUAUCCUGAUGGUAAAGAUGAUGAUUUAAUUGAAAAAUUAUCUAAAUUCUCUUUAGUAUUACCUAUUGAAGUAAUUGAUUAUUGUUAUAAUCAUACUAUUUUCAAACUGCCUCAAUCUACUAUAUUAAUUCCAGAAAUUGAUUCUAGAAUUAAAGAUAUUUGGCAAUUAAAGGGUUUUCAUCAAGAUAUAGUUAUAUCAUCUACAAAGUUAUAG